GUGGUGUCAAAACUAAAGUUGAGGCAAAACGCAGCUACUCCAACUAUGUCCUUCCUUACAAGAGUUCAAACACCUCCAGGAGAAAGACUUCCGUGAUCCAGUCCCUGCACCUUGGGGAGGCUGGGGAGGACGGGAACGAGGAAGCCGCAGGUAAAGAGAAGAACCUGGAGGAACUCUACAUCUUCAGGCCAGGGAUGAUACCUCCGUACAGGCAGAUGUUCUACCAGUAUUGCGACAUCCACGUGCCCGAGAUUCAGAAGUUGUUAGAGGAGGCCAUCCUGACGGGCGCCAAUAAGGUGUGCUCGGAGAAGUAUGGUUGGCUGCCAGCAGGAGUGGAAGUCAAGUGCCGUGACAUCAUCUCGCACCUCAUCGAGAAAACCAUCGCAGAGAGGACUGCUCAAGGUCAGGGCUUGGACGAGGAGGAGCUUAGGUCAAACUCCGACACCGAUUCCCCAACAGAAGGCAAUUCAACAGAAGAAGAGACAGGAUAGCGUCAUUUCUCUUCGUCCUUAUCUUUUUUUUUAUGUAUGUGUUGUAAUUGAAUUAAACUACAUU